GGUCACGUGAUGAUUGUUUCCCGCCAAAAGUGUGUUGUGUGUGGUGUGAGGAGCUGCUGCAGUAUACUCCGUUUAUUACAAGAACUAACCUACUGACGCCAUGGAUGUUGCUGAAGCACAGACCGGACAGUCUCACAAUAAAGAUGAGGUCGGAGAUCGUUGUCAGAAGCUAUUUCAAGAUUUCCUGGAAGAGUUUCAGGAGGGAGGUGACAUCAAGUAUCUGGAGGAAGCUCGGGACUUAGUGAAGCCAGAGCGCAACACCCUGGAAGUGUCUUUUGUUGACAUUGACAAGUACAACCAAAAUUUAGCUACAACUGUUGUUGAAGAGUAUUACAGAGUGUAUUCGUUCAUGUGCCGGGCUGUGCGGAACUUUGUGCGAGAUCAUGCAGAAGUUUCAGUAGAUAAGGAAUAUUAUGUGAGUCUUAUAGAUGUUCCCACAAGACACAAGAUUCGUGAGCUGUCCACACACAAAAUUGGUACUUUGGUUCGCAUAUCUGGUCAGGUUGUACGGACUCACCCAGUCCACCCAGAGCUUGUUGCUGGAACUUUUGUCUGUCUAGACUGUCAGACGGUCAUUAAAGAUGUGGAGCAACAGUUUAAGUACACCCAACCCACCAUCUGCCGUAAUCCUGUAUGCAGUAACCGUGCAAGAUUCAUGCUUGACACAAACAAGAGCCGUUUUGUUGACUUUCAAAAGGUUCGCAUCCAGGAGGUUCAAGCUGAGCUGCCAAGGGGGUGUAUCCCACGCAGUGUUGAAAUAGUUGUCCGUGCUGAGGCUGUGGAGCGAGCACAGGCUGGUGAUCGCUGUGACUUCAUAGGAACUUUGAUUGUGGUUCCUGAUGUUUCUGCACUGAACCUUCCUGGUGCUCGAGCAGAGAGUUCUGCAAGGCAUAAAGGUGGUGACAGUGAAGGAGUGACAGGUCUUAAAGCACUUGGUGUUCGUGAUCUCAAUUACCGCUUGGCAUUUUUAGCGUGCUCCAUCACACCAACCAAUCCAAAGUUUGGUGGAAAGGAAAUUCGUGGGGAAGAGAUGACUGCUGAAGGAAUCAAGAAACAGAUGACAGAGCUGGAGUGGAAUAAAGUGUACGAGAUGUCACGAGAUAAGAACCUUUACCAGAACCUCAUAUCAUCUUUGUUUCCAACUAUUCAUGGAAAUGAUGAAGUUAAGAGAGGAAUCUUACUGAUGAUGUUUGGAGGGGUUCCCAAGACAACAAUGGAAGGUACAACACUUCGUGGUGAUAUCAAUGUGUGUGUUGUUGGUGAUCCAUCAACUGCUAAAUCACAGUUCCUGAAGCAGGUGGCUGACUUCAGUCCACGAGCUGUCUAUACUUCAGGUAAAGCAUCAUCUGCCGCUGGUUUAACAGCAGCUGUGGUUAAAGAUGAAGAAUCCCAUGAGUUUGUCAUAGAAGCUGGUGCUCUUAUGUUGGCUGACAAUGGAGUGUGUUGUAUUGAUGAGUUUGACAAAAUGGAUCUCAGAGAUCAAGUUGCCAUUCAUGAAGCCAUGGAACAGCAGACCAUUUCUAUUACUAAGGCUGGUGUAAAAGCUACACUGAAUGCUCGUACUUCAAUUUUAGCUGCUGCCAACCCUAUUGGUGGCCGCUAUGACCGAACCAAGUCUCUUCGUCAAAAUAUUGCACUUUCAGCUCCCAUCAUGUCCCGUUUUGAUCUUUUCUUUAUUCUUGUGGAUGAAUGUAAUGAGGUAACAGAUUAUGCAAUUGCACGAAGAAUUGUUGAUUUACACAGCCGUAACGAAGAGAGCAUUGACAGAACGUAUGCUCUUGAGGAAAUUCAGCGCUAUAUCAUGUUUGCUCGUCAGUUCAAACCAAAAGUUAAUAAGGAAGCUAGCGAGUAUCUUGUAGAGCAGUACCGCAAUCUUCGCCAGCGUGACUGUUCUGGAGCUGCCAAAUCAUCAUGGCGCAUUACAGUUCGGCAGCUUGAGUCCAUGAUUCGAUUGUCUGAGGGGAUGGCCAGAAUGCAUUGCUCAGAUGAGGUCCAACCAAAGCACGUUAAAGAAGCUUUCCGUCUGCUUAACAAGUCCAUCAUUCGUGUGGAACAACCAGAUGUUCACCUGGAGGAUGAUGAGGAGGAGCAGGAAGUAGAUGAGCCCAUGGAAACAGAUGAGAACAGGGCUCCCAAUGGUCAAGUUAAUGGUGUAAAUGGUGGUGAUGAAGAUGGAGCAACUUCAGAUGCUCUCAAGAAGAAAAAGAUGAAGCUCUCAUACGAAUCGUACCGCAGCAUGUCCAACCUGCUGGUGAUGCACAUGCGCAAGGAGGAGAACCUCAUGGAGGAGGAGGAGGAGGAAUCAGAGACUGCUGGCUUGAAAAGAUCAGCUAUUAUAAACUGGUACUUAAAUGAGAUCAGUGGCGAUAUUGAGUCGGAGGCUGAACUGAUAGAAAAGAAGAUGAUUGUUGAGAAGGUUCUUGACAGACUGACAUAUCAUGAUCAAGUAAUUAUCCCCUUGACACGUAGUGGACUCAAGGGCACUGCAUCAGUGGCUGAAGACGAAGACCCAACGCUUGUUGUACAUCCUAAUUAUCUCCUUGAUUCUUAAAGCAAAACGAACAAAUGUAAUCUACACGAGUAUGAUUAUAUAUAUACUAUGUAUAAAAUAUUACUGACCCAAAUAUAGUCUCAUCUAAAGACCGAAGUCAUCCCAAAUUUUUUCUAAGCUCAUUUUUAUGUCCUUUGAAGAGUAGUGUAUAGCUGGGAUUUAUUAGUAAUAAUUUUUUUAAAUUGUAAAAUAAAAAUAAAAGGAUAAUCUUGAACAAAACCUCUUCUUACAUUAUUCAGUUACUCUCAGUGCUGGAAUAUCAAAUACUGUACUUUGCAUUGUACAUUAUUGCUUUCCACUGUUUAAUGUUCCUCCCCGAGAAAAAAUAAAUACAGGUAUGCUAAAAAAUUUGAAAUGGUAAGACUAUGUUAAACUAGUACUGUAUAAGAAAAAGUAUCGUAUAUACUAUUUGUUAAUAAAAUAUAAAGCAUA